GGCGAGGAGUACCAGUUCGAGAAGGCCAUGAAGAACAACGAGAUGAGAGCCUUACUCUCCAUGGAAGCUGGGAUCCAUCCGGUGUUCAUCGACUGCCCCAAUCUUCGGCUCUGGGAAAUGAAGCCGUAUGUUCUACUGGCCGAGCGUUUGGGCUACGUGAUCCAUGUCAUUGAACCCUGGGAGAUCUGCGCAAAGCACGACGAUCUCCCCUUUCUCUGCUCCCUGCACGACGACGACGAGCAGCGCGCGCCGGCCACACUGCUGCAGGCUAUGCUGCGGCGCUUUCAGCCGCUGCCAGCGGCAGCGGAACCCACGGAGGCCAUCCGUCGAGCUAGCAGCAGUGGAGCGAGACAUUUCUUGCGAUAAACAAA